UUAUAUAAUAUUCUGUGGUGACAUGUCAAAAUAAUAAUGUAUGAUAACAUGAAUGAGGACCAGAUAACGAUAACUGAUAAGGCAUAUUUGCUACAAUUGAACUGCAGUCAAGAAAAAUCAUCUUAUUAUAUUAAUUAUUAAAAAUAGUGAUAAAGUCUUAAAAAAUAGUUAAAUUUUUUAUUAAAAAUGUUUAAAAGGCUAAAAGGAUCCAUUGGAAAAAACGAUGAACCAAAAACACCGAAUUCUUUACCACAAAAUCGCCCAACUUGGAGUAGCUUUUCUACAAUAUCUCCAUUGAAUUCAGAAAUGGAAGAUUCUCAAUUUUGUAUAAAUGACGACAUUGAAGAAACACCUAAGAAUUCACCAGCUCGUGUUGUCGUCAGUGAAAGUACUACUGUUGAUCUUGGUAAAUUUAGUCAAUCUUCGUCAUCAUUAGUGAAUGAUCAUCUUUCAUUUCAUACCGAUAUUGAAUCAGCAAGUGAAAUAGAUGAUAGUGCGAGUGUUGUAUCUGAGUAUGCAAAUGAAAUUACAAAAGAAAAUUUAUAUGCUGCUUAUAAGAAACUUCAUGGUCGCUACCAUAAACAUAAAUUUAAAUAUACUGAAUUAGCUGAUAAAUUCAAACAAACUAUGACCAUACACGAUAAAGAUAAAAUUACUAUGACAAAGGCUCAAGAUAAACUACUUCAAAGAAUAGCAGAACUUAAAGAACAGUGUACCUUGGAACAAGCUGCUAAGGCCCAUAUGGAAGAUGCAUUAAGAAAUGAUAUAGAAGAAAGAGAUCAUAUAAUAUCUACUCUUAAUACUAAAAUCGAUUUGUUAAGGAAAAAUAGUUCUGAUGAUUGUGAAUCUAAUUCUAUUGGAUCUGCUGAUUUAUUGGAUAAGUGUGAACGAUUGAAUGAAGAACUAUCUUCAACAAAAUUAGAAUGUGCAUCAUUACAAAAUCAAAUUGAAUUGUUGAAAAAAAGCGAAGAAAUCACAUUAUUAAGUUUGGCAGAAAAUAAAAUGGCAAUUCAUAAAGAACUUGAAACCAAAGAAGACCAAAUAAAAAAAUUGGAGAAAACCAUAAAUGGGCUUCAAAUGGAAAAUCAAAUAUUAUUAAAAGAAAAAGCUAGUCAUUUGUCGACAAAUUCGUAUCAGAUAAAUAUAAACCAGAAUAUUCAAGAAGAAAUAACUAAGCAACUUAAUGAGCUAGAAGGUGAAAUGUCUUCAGCAUUUGAGUUUAAAGAAAAUGAAGUGAAAGAACUGAAGAAUCAAUUAAAAGCUUUUGAACAACGUUUUGAAGAACAAGAGCAAAAAAAUAUUUUGACGGAGGAAGCUUUAAAGAAUAAUGAAAAUAACUAUAAAUUAAUUAUUUCUAAUUUAGAACAGAGUUUAAAUGAAAACAAGGUUUCAUCUUCAAAAAAAAUUGAUACAUUUUUAAAAGAAAUUGGUGAAAAGUCACAAGUAAUUAAAAACUUAACAGCUAAACAAAAGGAAAUGGAGAAACUGAAACAGGAUUAUGAAAAAAAUAAAAAUGAAAUUCAUGAUUUAAAGAAUCAAAUUGUUCAAACUAAAAAACUAGUCAAAGAAAAUGAAUUAAUUCGUGUUGAUGAACAGAAUAGAUGUAUUGAAGAAUUAAAACUGAAAUCGGAAGAAAUUACUAAUUUGAAAGAUAAAUUAAAAUCAUUACAAAAUACAUUUGAAGAAAACGAAAAAAAAAUAUUAGAUCUUCAAAAUCAUACUGAUGAAGUUAAUCUGAAAAAUAAAAGCCUUAUGGAAUCUGAAGAAGAAUUAAAGCUGACAAUUUUUAAUUACAAAAAAUCCAAUGAUGAGUUACAAGAUACUAUAAAAUUGUUACAAAAAGAAAAAGAAUCAAUUAUUGAUACAAUGAAAACAAAAAUGGAUGAGAAUCAGUUAGAAAUUGUGAAAUUAAACAAUUUAAAUAAAGAAAUGUUAUGUCAAUUAAAUCAAGAUAAAUUAAUUCAAAUUUCUGAAGAACGCAACAUUGAGUCAGUAAUUAAAGAUUAUAAUCUAUUAACAGAAGAGAAUGCUUAUUUAAAAAAAGAACGACAAAAAAUGCUUCAGACAUUCCAAGAUAUGUUAAAAAAAAUUAAAGUUGAUUUUGGAAAUCUUAAGUCAUUUGCAGAACAGCAAUUAACUGAGUGUUCAUUUAUACUUGUUAAUCAUAUAAAACAUUUGAAGGCUGAGUUCUCAUCUAAAAUUAAAUCAUACCAAAAUAAUUUAACUGAAACUAAACAAAAAUUAGAAGUAAUUCAAAAAGCAUUUUUAGUAUUAAAAUCUGACUGUGUUCAAAGUCUAGAUUAUUUUAAAAUUGAAAUUAUUGAAAAAUAUAAUGAAGAUGUACUAUGUCUAGUAUCUCAAAAUAAUAAAGAACUAGAACAAAGAAAAAAAGAUUUAUUUAAACUUCAAGAAGAAAUUGAUAGCUAUAAAAAGAGUGAACACCGCUCAGUAAAAGCAGAAGUGAAAGAAACUAUACAGGAGUUACAAGAAUGUAUAGAAUUACAAAAAAAAACAUAUACAAAUCUACAGGAUGAGUAUUCAAAUUACCAAGUGAAUGAAAAGAAAAAAUGGACAGAUAAGCUAAUAGAAACUGAAAAUAAGUGGUUAGAAAAAAUGGACAACUAUAAAAAAAUGAUGGAUACAGAGCACAGAGAAGAAUUAGAAGCUUUAACUAACGAAUGGACUAAUGAACGAAAACAUAAUGCACUUACAUUAAUGCCUGCUGAUACUAAAAACGAAGAGACUCUUGAAAAAAUAAUUCAAGAUGUUGAGACCACUUCACAGCGAGAAGAAGCUCUUCAACGUCAAAUAACUAAACUCAAUAAAGAACUCUCUGAAUUAAAAAAAAUGUACAGAAAUGAAGUUCAUAAUAAAAAUAGAAAUAAUGAAGGAGAUGAUGAUGAUAAUGAUGUCAAUAACAAAGAUGGAUGUGAAAUGGAAUAUUUAAGAAAUAUUUUAUAUGAAUAUAUGAUGGGAAAGCAACCUAUGGUAUUAGCCAAAGUAUUAGCUGCAAUAGUGAAAUUUGACUCCAACCAGUUGAAUACAAUACUACAAAAAGAAGAACAGAAAGUUUCUUUGUUAAAAACCUUAGGACUAUGAUAUUAACCGUCCAGAAGCAAAGAAUAAUUGUUAAAUCAAUUAUUCUUUUCACCUAUUAUCAUCUCAAUUGUUGUUACUUCACCACACUAGCAUCAUUCCUUGCAUAAUUUUUCAUAAGCAAUUUUUAUUAUAGUGCAAUUAUUUUAUAGUAAUUUAAAUUUUUAAUUUAAAUUAUAUACUUUGUAAUGUUACCAAAAUAAGUAAUUAUAUGUUAUUAUUAACAUAGUAUUUAUUAUUAUGUUAGAUCAUUAAUAUUAUAAGCAUAGGUGAAACUAAAGAUCAGUAAUCUAAUAUCCUGUUAAGACGUUGAUUUUAAAUUUAUUUAUUUAGGCUAUUGUAAACUCUGCCAGUUUUAUUUUCUUACUUUUAAUAAGUAUAUGGAAACUUUGCCAGUGUUAAGACUUAUCCACAUUAAAUACAUAAACAUUCGUAACGAUAACAUAUGUACCUUGAAAUUGCUAAAAUGUAUUUUAGUUAAAUGUGUCAGAUCAAUUUGUUUAAUAUUUAAAAAUAAUUAUAUCACAUUAUUUUCAUUUAUAAUUCACAGUUAAAAAUAUUAUAACAUACCUAUAUCAUUUUUGAUUAUUACAAUCAUUUGUAUUUUCUUUAAUAUACUACACAUUACAAUAAUAUUACAUACUUAAUGUGUUUGGACAAUUAUUGUUUAAUUUUUUUAGUAACAUUUUAAUGAAUAAAGUAAUUUUUUAUUUUUUAAUAACUUUUAACUUUUUAUUUUUAAAUUGUAUAUUAUAUAUUUUUUGACAUAUUACAUGUAACUUUUAUUUAAUAUGUACCAUUUUUAUUUUAAAAAUGAUGUUUUUUAUUGAUAAGUAAUAUAGGUAAUAAUUUUAUACUUUAACUUGAUUUCUUCACUGUCAAAUUUUACAUGAACCCAAUUUAAUCUGGCUCUUUUCCUGGUGAAAUUUACACUAAAAACAAGUACUUAUGGCAGAGGUUACAUAUUUUCAUUUAUUUAAUUCUUUAAAAAUAAACAGAGGUACAACAAUAUUAUAAAAAAUUGUUAUUAAAUUGUAUCUACACAAUUUUUUAUCUAUGUGAGUAGGUACCUACUGAGUACAUUAUACAUACUUGGUAUUAUUCUUGAAAUUAAUACAAAAUGAAUAGGAUAAUUUUUUAUAUAUUUAAGCCUGAUUUUAAGAAAACGUGACUAGUUUUGCCUAUGAUUGUAUUAUUAUUUUUGUUAUUUAUUUUUAAUCAACAAACAAAAUUAAUCAAUUAUUGUAUGAAUUAGUUAUUAGAAAUAUUCAAUAUUGUUUAUAAUUAUUCAGAUAUUCAUCUUUAACAACUUAAACUAUGUGUUA